AUGCCUAGACGUACAUCAGCAGUGGACGACUUCUUCCAUGCUUUACUCGGGCCUCCUUUAGAGAGCUUUUUAACAUGUUCUCCUCUUCAUACAGCCUCGCAGAAAUUCAACGGCGGAUAGAUGAAGUUCAGCGUUUCCUGUCUGUCACCCUGAGCAUCGCUAAUGCGCACACUGUGGAGUUUUACACCCACGACGCGUGGAACCGCUUCGUGGCAGUGCCACCUCAGGAGGUCCUGUCAAACGUCGGUUCACGUGGUGACCAGCAGAGGGAGCCAGAGCACAGCGCAAACGAAUCGGAGCAAACCAGAACUACAUUUGGGUUUUGCAAUGUUACAAACCGACUGGUUGAUACUCGUGAACUGGUGCAGGCGGCCAAGGCCCACGCUCUCCCUGGCCUUGGAGUCUGCAUGAGCAGGGAUGAGCUACUGCAGGCCCUCAGAGGGCACAGGUCAGAGUCUGGUGCUCCAGUAGCAGCUAUAGAUGCUGAGCUGAUAACAGACGAGUUUAUGAACUCUAAGAAAUCUCACGAGGUCAAGUCCAUGUCUGAGGUGGUGGCCUGUCUGGCCCAGCACUGUGAGGUCAAACAGGUGAUAGAUCUAGGCUCAGGGAAGGGCUACCUGAGCUCCUUUCUGUCCCUGCAAUAUGGCCUGCGGGUCUACGGCAUCGACUCCUCCAGCACCAACACCCACGGAGCCCAGGAGAGGAACCGGAAGCUGAAAAAGUUCUCCAGGGCCUAUCAGAAACACAACAAGGCCGUGAGGGCACAGGGAGAGGCCACACUUUCGCCUCAGGAGGAGUUAGUAGACAUAAAGCCUGGACGAGGUGGAGACAACGAUGAUGUUGUGUAUGUCGAUGGGUUAGGAAUUGUGUCGCAGCAGGAGCAGGAGGAGGUGUUAAUCGCCUUAUCAGAUGUCAACCCUGCAGUGGAAAUGCAUUCAGAGUCAAAUCCAGAAACGGAGGAGCUCUUCCUCAGCGUCCUGUCAGUGGAUGCGGUACAGCCUACGUCCCCCAGAGUUCCCCCCAGCCAACUGAGUGCAGAGGAGAGGGAGAGGAGGAAGAGGGAGAACCUGGAGAGGAAAUCACAGGACAGAAACGCCACCGCCAGCGUCAUGUUUUCACCCCUCACUUCUUACGUCACCGCUGAAACGGAGCUUCGGGAGCUCAUCAACGAGCUGGAGGAUGCGGUCAUGGUCGGCCUGCACACGUGUGGCGACUUGGCUCCCAGCACCCUGAGGAUGUUUGUGGCGAAACCAGAGCUGGCCGCGGUCUGCAGCGUGGGCUGCUGCUAUCACCUGCUGUCUGAGGAGUUUGACCCUGCCGGACAGGAGUGUUUGCUCGGCGUCUGUGGUUUCCCUCUGAGUCGGUACCUCCGCGACCGGUCCUGGUUCUGUGGCAGAAACGCCCGGAUGUCGGCGUGUUUGGCACUGGAGAGAGUUUCACACGGCCAAGGGAUUCAGAUGGAGUCUCUGUUUUACCGAGCCGUCCUUCACGUCAUUCUGAGGGAUCACUACGGCUGCUUUAAAAGUGAAAAGCGCGUUGGGAAUGUCUACUCCAAGGCUAAAUCCUUCGUGGACUACGUCCGUCGAGCUCUACGCAGACUGGAACUGGAGGAAUUAAAGCUUUCUGACGGUGACAUCCAGGAUUACCACGACGCAUACAGACCCCGAAUGGGCGAAAUGCACGCCUUUAAUAUGUUGAAGGUGACCCUGGCUCCCUGUAUUGAAGGUCUGAUUCUCCUUGAUCGCCUCUGCUACCUGAAAGAACAGUUUGCUCUGGGUGUGUUUCUUCGUGCCCGACAGGAGGAUUCAUCAUUCUCUGCACUGGUGCAACUCUUUGAUCCCCUGCUGUCUCCGAGAUGCUACGCUGUCAUCGGACUGAAGAGUUGGGAAGAAUGAAAUUCAUGUUGAUUUGACAUACAUAUGCACAUGAUUGCGAUACACUGCUUGAGAGGCCAUGAUUAUACAUGAUCAGCAAUCACACUUGAGUGAUUGUGUUUUCUCCCCUGCUCGGUUCAAUUAUAUGUAUGAUUUCAUCUCAAUUUGUGUAUGCGUUCUCUGUAAUAUUUUUUUUAAGCAAACAUCUUGUUUUGUUUUAUAUACUAUAAAUCUCCACAAUGUUGUGCUUUUAGUCCUUGACUAUGUGCAUGCUCAUGAAAACACACGCUCAAAACACCUGGAAAAAGUGUCAGCACUGUUUGAUUGGAUCGUAUUCAUCGCAGCCUUUUGUCUUCCUGUUUCGUGAGUCUUAAGAAAGCACUUGUUUUUAAGGGCCGUUCAGGGAGCCAGGGGCAUUGUGGGAUUUAGGGAGGCUUGGAUCCCCUCUGUUGACGGGUCUGGAAACCCCAUUUCUAGGCUCCCAACCCAGAGGAAGUAGGGGAAAUGAUAGACAGGGCAAGAGGCGCCCUUGACCCCGUUUUACUUCUGUUUUGCUUUGUGCUUGGUCAUUUAAUAAAUCACUCUCCUCUUACAUGUUU